UGCUGCCAGUCAGUGCCGCCUAUCAGUGCCAGUCAGUGCUGCCUAUCAGUGCCAUCAGUGCCACCUAUCAGUGCCAGUCAGUGCCGCCUAUCAGUGCCCUAUAUGAGUGCUGCCUUUCAGUGCCCAUCAGAGAUGCCUGUCAAUGCCCAUCAGUGCCACCUACCAGUGCCUCCUCAUCAGUGUCCAUCAGUGCCACCUAUCAGUGUCCAUCAGUGCAGCCUAUCAGUUCCCAUCACUACAGCCUCAUUAGCGCACAUCAGUAAAGUAGAAAAAUCACUUAUUAACAAAAUUUUAUAA